AUGCCAGGUAAACGAGAAAAUGUUCAGUUAAUGAUUAAUGCUGAUGUGGAAAAUAUAAUAGGCAAUAAGCGAGUGAUUACACAGAAGAAUUAUGGGCCAUUUAAAAUGGAGAUGCCCAAGAUGAGCAAAGAGGAUACUUACAAGUUUAUGGCUUACACCCUAUUACAGCACAACUUUAACAUUUUAUCAACACAGACUAUAGCUAAUAUCGGAGCUAAAAUCAUUCAUAAGCCUCUACAUUUUAAACACGUGAAAGCCGGGGCAUUAAAGCUUGAUUCAUAUUUCUUAGAUAAGCAGUUUCCUAUUAAGCAAAGAGGAGAUAAUACGUGCAUGAUUGAUUUCAUAUGGCACCACUGUCACAAUAAAAUGGCGUUUAGGUCUUAUACAUAUCAGAAGUUGAAAGAUGAGUUGUCAGAAUUUGCUUUAUCAUUUCCAUUAAUGAGUACACAAGAAGUAAUAUAUUGGGCGCGCAAAUGUCAUCCUAAUGUUUCUAUCCAUGCUUAUGACUCAACUGGUCGCAGAAUUAUAAAACACGUUGGUCAACCACGUGAUAUGUCAUUAGCCUACUUCAUCAAAGACGAUCAUUGUUAUCCAAUUACUGAUGAGUGGCUCAAGAUAAUAUCAACCAAAGCAAACCAGGAGGGAACUGACAACUUAUGGAAGUAUAUGGGUGAUAUCAAAUGGAGUUGGCGACUUGAGCAAUUUGUAGUAUUGAAUAAUAUGGAAGAGGAGGAAGCGCUAGAUGUCAGUAAUAAAGUGAUAGCAUUGCCUGAGGAAGAGAAAAUCGAGCCUGUUAUAGAUCGAUACAUUUAUUGGACCAACUACUUUGUUGAAUAUCUGCAUUUCAAUAAUAAUGGUAGGUUAGACGGCUUCCUUGAUCACAAAAAUAAUUUGUAUAUCCUAAAUGAUGAGUAUUAG